UUCCCAGCGUGCUUUGCGCUCCGCAGUUACGUUCAGGUUACGUGACGCUUUUCACCGGAUGCUGAUGACGGUAGCAAGCGGCGCAGGUCAGUUAGCACAGUGUUAUGAGAACAAGUGCCUGUAAAUAAAUCACUGAGAUCUCAGCCAAACUUCUCGGAGGGCCCACGGGAGUUGUGACAUUAACGAGUGAAGAUGGAGCGGUGUAAAAAUACGUGAAGUGUCGGUGAACUAGACCAACAACGGAAACGUUCUUUAAAGGCCUGCCGAGAGCUACGGAAAAAACCUCGGGAUAACCCUGUGGAGGAGCGCCGUCCGAGAGCGCUCAGGACCGGGGAGUGGAGCUCCGGGAGGAGUGUUUUUAAUCAACCAGGAGGAGGAAACUCUUCCUAAACUGAUCACUGAAGGUGCAAACCUGGAUGAAGACUCUAAGAAACGUCUGGAUUCCCUCAAGUCUCCUCAUCUACUUCACUUUUUUAGCAUCUCGCCGUCGCCAAGCUGGUGACAAAUUCAUCAUUUUUGCUGUCGAGCUUCACUACAGACCACGAUGAAUCGUUAUCUGCCUGUGGCACGGCAGCACUUCCUUGCUGCCCUUGCGAGCACCAGUGUGGUAGUCAAAUCCAUAAGUGCUGUUGUGGUCCUGCUCUAUUUGCUGUCAUGGGCUGCUGACACCACGUACGCACUGGGAGUGACCCCGGGCUUCCUUUUUCCUCCUAACUUCUGGGUGUGGACGCUGGUGACCCACGGAGUGGUGGAGCAGCACGUUUGGGGUAUGGCGGCGAAUGUGGGGACUAUGAUGGCCUGUGGACGGCUGCUGGAGCCGCUGUGGGGGGCGCUGGAGCUUCUUAUCUUUUUUGCAGUAGUCAAUGUGUCAUCAGGGCUCCUCGCAGGCCUUUCGUACCUACUCACCUACGUGGCCACCUUUGACCUGGACUUCUUAUUUGCUGUCCGUAUCCAUGGAGUAGCCGGUUUCCUUGGAGGGGUCUUGGUAGCUCUAAAGCAGACCAUGGGUGAUACCACAGUGCUCAGAGUACCACAGGUCAGACUAAAAGCUGCUCCAGCGUUGGUCCUCCUCCUCCUGGCCUUGCUCCGCCUGUCCGGACUCCUCAACAGCUCCGCCCCCCUCGCUGCGUUUAGUUAUGGCUCCCUGUCUGGCUGGGUGUACCUGCGCUUCUACCAGAGGCACAGCCGGGGCCGGGGGGACAUGUCGGACCACUUUGCCUUUGCCAGUUUCUUCCCUGAAGCGGUGCAGCCAGUCGUCGGACUGCUGGCGGGACUCGUCCACUCGGCUCUGGUGAAGAUGAAGGUGUGCAGAAAGAUGGUGAAGCGAUACGACGUGGGAGCACCGUCCUCCAUUACCAUCAGCCUGCCGGGUACAGACCCACAGGACGCUGAGAGGAGGAGACAACUGGCCCUGAAAGCUCUGAACGAGCGUCUGAAGCGCGUCGAGGAUCAGUCUGCUUGGCCCAGCAUGGACGACGAGGAAGAUGAAGACGACGACGAGGUCAGAACCGACAUGCAGCCGCUCCUCCCAGCCGGCCGUGACUCCUCCUCCUCGACGCCCAGGACCGCCGGAGGCCCCGCCGGCGCCUCCCUUUCCUCCACCUCAUCGUCUGGAUCACAGAGUGGCGGAGCGCCACCGGCUGGCGGAGUGCAGCACCCAGAGUCCAGCAUCAUCAUCUUUGAAGACGCACCGACUAGAUCAUAGUAAAAUGAAGACACACAGUGAAAUGCACGCCUUGUUUGGUGUCACGGGAAAGAGUACUAGUGUUUGCACCAUCCCGACUAGUAAACGUGUUCAGUGACGACGGUAAGAGCUGCUCUCGGUAUCUCUAACGGCGAGACGCUACACGUGAGCGGCAGUCACAAACACUACAUCCAUGUCUUUGUGAGGACUGUACAGCGCUUUCAGUUUCAGGCUGGUUGUUAUUUCUCAGCAUAUUCGGGUCACCCGAUAACUUCAUUCUUCUCUCUCCAACUGAAAGUCAGAACUUUCUGUCUCGUUUGGACUUAACCCCAGCGUGCAGAACGGUGGUCACUGCUUCCUUCGUGUCUCUUCUCUUGCUUUCUAAAUAAAUAGCAAAAUGAGUGUUCAAAA